AUGUCAGUAAAUAAGUAUCCCAAACUCAUUAUUGAGUUCUGUGCUCGUUGUAAAUGGCAUAUGAGAGCAGUUUGGUAUCUUCAGGAAAUCAUGCAAACCUUCAGUGAUCCUGCCAAAAACCUAAUCCCCGAUAUCUCCCUUCAACCAAAUUAUCACCAGCCGGGAAUCUUUCAAAUAAUCUUGGUUAAAACUGAAGAUUCUGAACCUGAAAUCAUUUAUAAAAGAAGGUUCAAGAAAAGUGACGAACUACAAAAUGAAUCAUAUUACUUUGAUGGGUUUCCUGAUUCAAAAUUAUUGAAAAGUUUAAUUAGAGAUUCCUUAUGGCCAAAUGAAAAUUUGGGACAUAUUGAUAAGUAUACCAAAAGCGAUUUUUUAACAGACUCCAAUGAUUGCACCGAUUGUAAAGUGCACGGAGCAUAA